GCUCGAAGUAAACUUUUCGCACGGAGAGGCUCCGAUGAUAAGCCUGGCAUUGCUAAAGAAAAUCGACCAAUCAGCGAUCGAAUAGCAGUUGCAUCAUGCUGAUAAACGUUGACGCAAUAAUUCCCCUAGAUCGUAAUACGUUUUUUUGAAGGAGGUGUUUUGUAUUUUCGCAAGGAUCUACGUUUAUUUUGAUAGGAUUAUCAUACCUUGCAUAUUUUUUCCUGUUUGUUUGUGGAACGCCUAUCAAUAAGCUCAAAAUUGUGUUUUUUCGCUACUCAUUUUUUUUUCGCUGACGGGACAGCGAUGAAAGAUGAGUUCUGCGAAUUUGCGAAUUGUCAAGUUUGUCGUGACGUUUUGUUUUCGAUUUCACCGUUCUGUGUUUUUAUUCAUACUUCAUUUUCAUUUUUCGACAAAUCCAAAAUAAAAUUAACGUGAGAAAGUUACAAUAAUUAGCAAAACACUGGGUCAUAAAACGCGCUAGUAAAUUUCGAGUACCACUCCAACGGUUAUGCUGUACAUAUAAUCAGUGUAGUUUCUUUACCACUUGUAAAUAUAGAAGACAUUAUUCAAAGAAAUGGCAAAUAUAGCAGCUCAAAGGAUAAAACGCGAAUUCAAAGAAGUAAUUAAAAGCGAAGAGGUGGCCAAAUGUGCCAUAAAAGUAGAACUAGUAAAUGAUAGCUACACAGAAUUGAAGGGUGAAAUUGCAGGACCUCCUGAUACACCUUAUGAGGGUGGCACAUUUGUAUUAGAGAUAAAAGUACCUGAGACCUACCCCUUUAAUCCACCAAAGGUAAGAUUUAUGACAAAAAUUUGGCAUCCAAAUAUUUCGUCGGUUACAGGAGCAAUAUGUUUAGACAUAUUAAAAGACCAAUGGGCUGCUGCCAUGACUUUAAGAACUGUAUUAUUGUCAUUGCAAGCUUUGUUAUCAGCAGCGGAACCAGAUGAUCCACAAGAUGCUGUUGUUGCUAAACAGUAUAGAGAAAACCUAGAAAUGUUUCAAAUCACUGCCAGACAUUGGACAAAUGUAUAUGCUGGAGGUCCACAUGUAAAUAGCGAUUGUGAUGACAAGAUCCGGCGGUUGGUGGACAUGGGCAUAGAAGAACACCAGGCUCGAGCAGCCCUUUCCUCUUACAACUGGGAUCUGGAGAGGGCCACAGAACAACUUUUCAGUUAGUGAUUAAACAAAACAGAACUUUUUAGAUCACCGCCUGCGCCCGUACGUUUCACUCGGUAAUCACUUUUUCGGAAGUAGAUUUUCUAUACUUUGUUGUUUCAUUUGACUAUAAUUAAUUUAAUGCAUGGAAUUGUACAUAUACCUUCUACAUUAAACUGGUUGCUUUAUUUAUUCGAGCGUUUUCUAUUUCAUCCCGCCUUUCUUGUUUAAUUGCUUUAAGG